GGCGGGAGGGGACCCGGGGGCCCGCCCCUCCCGUGUGCGACAGCCUUGCGGUCCACCCUCCCCAGCGGGGGCUCAGUUCCCGGCCCGCGGUCCCCUUCGCUGCUCGGCGCUCGCGCAUCCCGUGCGUCCGGCUCCUUCCCGCGCCGCCGCUCCGCAUCCCCUGGCACCGCCCGCCCAGUCUCCCCCGCCCCGGGGUGGGGGUUCUUCUUCCAAGGCUAGACGCGCUUGAGGUCAUAAGUAGAGCCAGGUGAUGUAUGUUCAUUGCUGAGUGACUCCUUUCCCACCCCACAAACUGCAGGGACAGCUGGGGACCUGCCAGGCACAGGCAUGCCUGUGCUGUCUGAAGACUCGGGUUUGCAUGAGACCCUGGCACUUCUGACCUCUCAGCUCAGGCCUGACUCUAACCACAGGGAAGAGAUGGGCUUCUUGAGGGAUGUCUUCAGUGAGAAGAGCCUCAGCUAUUUGAUGAAGAUUCACGAGAAACUCCGCUAUUAUGAGAGGCAGAGUCCGACCCCAGUCCUGCACAGUGCCAUGGCCCUCGCUGAGGAUGUGAUGGAGGAGCUGCAGGCCGCCUCUGUACACAGUGAUGAGAAGGAGCUGCUGCAGCUGCUGUCCACCCCCCACCUCAGGGCUGUGCUCAUGGUACACGACACAGUUGCCCAGAAGAACUUUGAUCCUGUUCUGCCCCCUCUGCCCGAUAAUAUUGACGAGGAUUUUGAGGAGGAAUCGGUGAAGAUUGUUCGCUUGGUAAAGAAUAAAGAGCCUUUGGGUGCUACUAUCCGAAGAGAUGAGCACUCAGGGGCUGUCGUGGUGGCCAGGAUCAUGCGAGGGGGUGCAGCAGAUCGGAGCGGUCUGGUCCACGUUGGUGAUGAGCUCCGAGAGGUGAACGGGAUUGCCGUCCUGCACAAGCGUCCAGAUGAGAUCAGCCAGAUUCUGGCCCAGUCCCAGGGAUCCAUCACCCUCAAGAUCAUCCCUGCCACCCAGGAGGAAGACCGCUUCAAAGAGAGCAAGGUGUUCAUGCGUGCCCUCUUCCACUAUGACCCUCGGGAGGACCGUGCCAUCCCCUGCCAGGAGGCAGGCCUACCCUUCCAGCGGAGGCAGGUCUUGGAGGUGGUGAGCCAGGAUGACCCCACCUGGUGGCAGGCCAAGAGAGUGGGAGACACAAACCUUCGAGCUGGCCUCAUCCCCUCCAAGCAGUUCCAGGAGAGGCGGCUGAGCUAUCGGAGAACAACUGGCACCCUGCCAAGCCCCCAGAGUGUCAAAAAGCCCCCCUACGAUCAGCCUUGUGACAAAGAGACCUGUGACUGUGAAGGGUACCUCAAAGGGCACUAUGUGGCUGGUCUUCGGAGAAGCUUCCGGCUAGGCUGCAGGGAGAGGCUGGGUGGCUCACAGGAGGCAAAGGUGCCCACAGGAGCAGAGUCUCAGGAGCUGCUGACCUACGAGGAGGUGGCCAGGUACCAACAGCAGCCUGGGGAGCGGCCCCGCCUGGUGGUUCUGAUUGGGUCUCUGGGAGCCAAACUCCAUGAGCUGAAGCAAAGGGUGGUGGCCGAGGAUCCCCAGCACUUUGGUGUUGCUGUUCCACACACCACCAGGCCCCGGAAGAGCCAUGAGAAAGAAGGGGUGGAGUAUCACUUCGUCUCCAAGCAAGCGUUCGAGGCUGACUUACAUCACAACAGGUUCCUGGAACAUGGUGAAUAUAAGGAGAAUCUCUAUGGGACCAGCCUGGAGGCCAUUCAGGCUGUUAUGGCCAAAAACAAAGUGUGCUUGGUGGAUGUAGAACCGGAAGCACUAAGACACCUGAGGACCCCCGAGUUUAAACCCUAUAUUAUAUUUGUGAAGCCUGCAAUUCAGGAGAAAAGGAAGACGCCGCCCGUGUCCCCAGACUCUGAGGACACAGCAGCUCUGCUCGAUGAACAGCAGCAAGAGAUGGCUGCCUCUGCCACCUUCAUCGAUCAGCACUAUGGGCACCUGAUAGACACUGUGCUCGUGAGGAAGGACCUUCAGGGCAUCUGCAGCCAGCUCAGAGCUGUCAUAGAGAAGCUGAGCAAGGACACUUACUGGGUACCCAUCGGUUGGGUGAGGUAACUUCAUCCCAUAGCAUCCAAUCUGGAGGGACCUCGAAGACUACAUUGUCCAGCCUCCCUCAUGGAUUGUCAAGGAAUGUCAAGUACAGAGAGGGGUAGGAUUUCCCACCAACUCUCGUCACUGAGUAUUGGUGGGAAGCCUUGUUUGGUGUUGGAUUUUUGUCUGUCCUUUUGCCCUGCGCCCCUUCAUGGGUUGAGUUGAAAGGGGGCAGUUCACAGAAUAACAUGUCAUUCAUUAAAGUCUCGCAGGCAAGUUGGCCUUGAUUCUUUGUACCAAAGCUAUGAAGCCACUGUCUUUGGGGGUGGUGGUGGUGAAUUUAGAUAGUGAUUUACAGUGACGUUUCAGCUUUAUAAAUAUGACACUUCACUGGUCCAGCUCUGUUGGAAAUUGUUCUCCUCGAGGGGAUCAUCUGUGCAAAUGAAGACCUGUCUUGCAGCACUGAAAUAUUACUUUAAAAAAAUGAUUUUUUUAUAGUGCUUGCCAGGUGGUAGGGAAAUUGAUUCCCUGACUUCUCACAUAGUGCACAUACAUGAUGUUUUUCCUGCAAGACAGAGGCUCACUUAACAGUCCACAUGGCUCACUAGACUAUUCUACAAUGCAGCAGUGCCUUCAGGGACUCUUGAGGAAUGUCAGGCUGCCUGUCCCCUUUCUGAAUACCCCCAUGCUCCUGAAAGUGAGUCCUUGCUGUGUUUGUCCUAUAACAUCAGCUGUCCGUCAUUAUGCCUUGGUACUAGGCUGACUCUAUUUUCAGAUUUGGGCUCCUGUUGUGCUAGAUUGUGGGGAACCAGAUGACCCCACUAUCUGUCAAAGUUGUGAGUAAGCCACAAUAAAUCAGUCCUGUCAAAAGUAUAUAGACUCAGAGUGUGAGUCUGUCAUGGUGUCUCUAAGCAGCAGUGAUUUCUCAAGGGACUGUGACAGGUCAUAGCAGCUCAGAGAAUUUUACUUCUGAUGAGUCACCAGUUACGUAAGUUCUGUGUUGGCUGUGACUCUGGGGAGUCCUGUGCACUAUCUUCAUAAAUACACAAAGCUGAUGACAUGGCAAUGUUACCAUUCAUUCCCAUUUUACAAUUGAGGGGGAAAAAAAGAGACUUAAGAGAUUUGAAAGUGUCCAGGUUUAUACAGCUGAAAAAACGUACCAGGCUGAGGAAGUGUGUCCAUACAUAAAAGUGCUUACCAUGCAUGCCUAAGGACUUGAGUUCAAAUCCCCAGAACCCACAUAAAAGCCUCAUUUGUAGUGUGUAUUCAUAACUGCAGUACUUUGGUCAGGAGGUAGGGAGUGGAAACAGGAGGCUCUGGAAACUUCAUCUGGCUAGUCAGCACUUACACACCUAUGCGCACACGCGCACACACACACACAAAUUGUGCACUCAAACACAUACCUGCAUGUGCAUAAUGGUACAGCUAUAUAUUUUUGAGCCUCAAAAUUCCUCACACGAGAUACGAUCCUUAACCACUAUACUACACUGCCUCCUGCUUUUAUGGGUCUAUAAUGGGGCCUCCCUAAUGAAAUGACUGACUUAUGAGGAGUAUAUUCAUAGCUGAAAUAGUGUGCAGUGUGCUUAUAACUUCUAGGACUAAAAGGAUGAGUUUUUAUAUGUGCAAGAUACCUUAUCCCUACAAUAGGCUGGGCCAACAGUGAAGUACCAGGCAGGCCGUUUGCCGCCCAUCUACAAAAUUCCAGCUAACUUUCUUACACAAGAACUCUUGCAACUCUUUGGCUUACCACCAGGUAACCCACUGAUCUCUUUUGUAGGAUUUUCCAGCAAAAGAGCGGGUCCUUCUUACUGGAUUUUUAGCAAGUGAAAUAAUGACUUAACUGUUUCACAGGAAUUUAGGCCAGUGGGCAGGGGUGAGGUGGAACUGCCUCCUGGAGGAUGGAGAACUGGGAUCUUGAGUCCUCUUUAGGGAGAGCUUGUUCCUGGCCAUAUCACAUCUGCAGCAUGGUGGAGACCUUACCUGGUUACAGUUCAAUGUAGGUGACUUGCCCUCCAGUGUUGAACACUGGGUGACUUUUAAAAAAAAUGCAUGUCGUACUAAAAAGUCACUUUCUGCUUACUCCGUAUCCUCAGCCAGUCCUCAGCUGAGGCGGUAGUAACUCAGCGUGGAUUGUGAGCUUACUCCGUAGCCAGUCCUCAGCUGAGGCGGUAGGAACUCAGCGUGGAUUGUGAGGUGAGGUGUGAAAAUGGGCUUGGUUUAUUUGCAAUUAGAGCAUCCUUCCCUCUCCCGGGACAAGUUACGUCCACAGCUGUUCGUCUGCUGUGAGAUCCAUGGGAGCUGAGAGGGCAGGGUCCCGAGGACAGGUGUCAUCUGGAAGGCAUGUUUUUGCUGUUUAUACAAAGCAGAGAAUGUUGUUUAAAACAAAAUAAAUGUACUAGUUUGCAAAUA